AAAAUGAAGAGAAGAACCUACCAGGGGAAGAAACUUGCUCCUUUGCAGAAGACAUUUGCUACUAGUAAGCCUAGCAGACCAUACCAGAGGUUUAAGCCACCAAAAUUUGCAGGCACUGGAGCUGACCCUAAUGGUAGUUUCUUGGAAUUCAUCAAAAAGGACUGAGCAAGACCUAUUAACGUAAGAAAAGAUCACAUCAAACAAGACAUUGAUAGGAACCAUUUUGAAUCUUUACAAAAGAAAUGGGCUGUUGGAACUAAAACAUCUAUUAUUGAAAAGGUCGAUGGUGAAGGGAAACUACAAAGGAACUUCAAGCCCGUUUCAAGACAUCAUAUAAAAACUGAUCAUAUCAGUGUAAUCCCACCGGCUAGGGAUAGGCCAUUUCAAAAAGUUUAUGACAAAAUUCUUACAAGACCAGCUUAUGAUAGAAAUUAUCAAUGUAAAAAUAUUUGGGUUCCUAGAGUGCAUGAGAAUAAAACAAUGAACAAUAGGUCUAGUGUGAAUCAUAAUAUUGUAACCCACAAGGAGAAUACCGAAUCAGGUGCCCUUAUUAUCGGUGUACUUGAUAAAAAGGUAUGAAAUAGAAAGAAAGGAGUCGUUGAAGUAGUUGAUGCUAACAGAGUUACAGCUUUAAAGAGCAAUAAAGACUAUAUGACUGCUUAUCAGAAGAACCCUCACCAAUUUAAAAGAUCGAAUGGAAUCUUCUCCCAUUUAUAUGAUGCUGCUCAUAGAUUUGGGGAAGACAAGCCAUUUAAAGUAUAACGAAUAUUCGCUUAAAAUAUGUCAAUUAA